AUGGCAUUGCUGCCCGGCAUUGGCUGCACCAGCAGCAGCAGCGUCCUGGCACGAGCAGGAUCGCGGUGUCUGGCAGCGGCGUCCCACGCGCCCUCCUCCUCACCUCUCUUCCUCCUGCACGUCAAUGGCGGCGGCGGCGGCGGGCAGGCGCAUCUCCUCUCGCGCAAGGCCACCGGCAACGCCGCAGGCUUAUUAAGCGGGAGGAGGAGGAGGCGGGACCUAUCCGUCGUCGCGGCGGCGGCGACGGCGGCCAAUGUCACGCCGGCGUCGCCCCGCGGCGUCAGCGCCAGCGACGUCCUCUGGCCUUCCGCCGGCGCGUUCCUGGCAAUGGCAGUGCUGGGAAGGAUGGACCAAAUGAUGGCCUUCAAGGGAGUAUCAUUGACAGUUGCACCACUUGGGGCCGUCUGCGCCGUGCUCUUCACCGCCCCAGACUCACCACCUGCCAAGAAAUAUAACAUGUUCGUCGCUCAGAUUGGUUGUGCGGCCAUCGGCGUGCUAGCCCUUUCGUUCUUCGGGCCCGGAUGGCUAGCAAGGGGUGCAGCUCUCUCUGCAUCCAUAGCAUUCAUGACCAUCACAGGCUCUUCGCACCCUCCAGCUGCGAGCUUGCCUCUCCUGUUUAUUGAUGGUCCGAAGUUUCACCAUUUACAACUUUGGUAUGCACUUUUCCCUGGGGCUGCCGGCUGCGCCAUCCUUUGCUUGAUUCAAGAAGUGGUGGUUUACCUCAAGAAGAACUGCAAGUUUUGA